GGGCGGAGCCUGAGAGCCCUGCUGGAGGCUGAGGAGCUGGACGCUGUUGGGACCUUCUCGGGGCCUGCGCCUUUAUUCCUCUGCCUGGUUUUGUUCAUGUUCUGAGGAGGCUGUGAAAAGGAACCAUGGAUCCUGCAGCAUUGGUAGAAGCCGUGGUGGAAGAAGUAGCUUGUCCCAUAUGCAUGACCUACCUGAGGGAUCCUGUGAGCAUUGACUGUGGCCACAGCUUCUGCCACAGUUGUCUCUCUGGACUCUGGGAGGUUCCAGGGGAAUCCCAGAACUGGGGUUACACAUGUCCUCUCUGCCGGGCUCCUGUCCAGCCCCGGAACCUGAGGCCCAAUUGGCAGCUGGCCAGUGUGGUAGAAAAAGUCCAUCUGCUUGGGCUGCACCCAGGAAUGGGGCUGAAGGCUAAUGUGUGUGAUCUCCACGGAGAGCAGCUAAAGAUGUUCUGCAAAGAGGAUGGCCUGAUCAUAUGUGAGGCCUGCAGCCGGUCCCCUGAGCAUGAGGCCCACAGUGUCGUGCCCAUGGAAGAUGUCGCCUGGGAGUAUAAGUGGAAACUCCACGAGGCUCUGGAACAUCUGAGGAAAGAGCAAGAAGAGGCCUGGAAGCUGGAAGUUGGUGAGAGGAAACGAACUGCCACCUGGAAGAUGCAGGUAGAAACCCGAAAGCAGAGUAUCAUGUGGGAGUUUGAGAAGUAUCAGCGAUUACUAAAGAAAAAACCACCAGGUCGGCAGCUGGACGUAGAAGCAGCCACAGCUCUAGCCAGCCUGGAGCAGGAGGAGAGGGAGACCAGACAGAAACUAGAGUUGAAUCACGACGCACUCAUCCAGCAGAGCCGGGUCCUGUGCAGGCUGAUGGCAGAGCUGGAAGAGAGGUCUCAGAGGCCUGUCCGAUGGAUGCUGCAGGGUAUUCAGGAAGUCUUAAACAGGAGCAACUCUUGGAACCUGCAGCGGCCAGAACCAGUCUCCCUGGAGCUAAAAACAGUUUGCUGUGUGCCAGGCCUAAGAGAGAUGCUGAAGACAUACGCAGCUGAUGUGCGCCUUGAUCCAGACACUGCUUAUUCACGCCUCAUCGUGUCUGAGGACAGGAAAUGCGUGCGCUAUGGAGACACCAAACAGAAACUGCCCGACAAUCCUGAGAGAUUCUACCGCUAUAACAUCGUACUGGGCAGCCAGUGCAUCUCCUCGGGCCAGCACUACUGGGAGGUAGAGGUGGGAGACAGGUCUGAAUGGGGCCUGGGAGUGUGUAAGGAAGAUGUGGACCGGAAGGAGGUGGUUUAUUUAUCCCCCCACUAUGGAUUCUGGGUGAUAAGGCUGAGGAAGGGCAAUGAGUACCGGGCAGGCACUGACGAAUACCCGCUCCUGUCCUUGCCAGUCCCUCCCCGACGGGUGGGUGUCUUCCUGGAUUAUGAGGCCCAUGAUAUCUCCUUCUACAACGUGACUGACAACAGCUCUCACAUUUUUACUUUUCCCCACUAUCCCUUCCCGGGACGCCUUCUGCCCUAUUUCAGUCCUUGCUACAGCAUUGGUGCCAACAACACGGCUCCUCUGGCCAUCUGCUCCCUGGACAGGGAGGACUAAGAGAGCCACCAUCCCAGGCAGAGGCCUCAGAAUUUCACCUGGGCCACAGGGGUCUUGGAGGGCCUUGCCCAGGGGCCUGCUGUUCCUGGGCUAGAGUCUCUCACUAAACCACUCACGUGAAAGAGGUGAGGCUUAGUCAAAUGAGCAUUGUCCUCUGUGAGGGAAGCAUGACAGGGCCAAUGGUGAGGAUCAGAGUAGGGUCGGAGUGGCUCUAACAAUGAUGACUUCUCCUUUCCGUAGCUCUGGCCCCUCUUUUUCAGUCCCUGUUGUUGCCAUAAUUAAGUCAGUAAGGGCAAUGAAGUAGAUCCAGCCUUCUGGAAACCUAUUGGGUAGGGUUUACCAACAAGUCAGACGAAUACUGCUCAUAUCCAGACCUGGCAGCCACGCUAAAGCCCGUCAGAGGAAGCCUCACCUGAGGUUUGCUGCAAAUGAGCAAGUGUUUGAGCCCAGCUCUCCAACCUGUGAACCAUAGAAACAGUGCAAAUUGCCCAGACUGCCCCAGUGGUCGUCCCCCUCUGAGCAUGAGCUGGACACACCGCUGUGUGCCAGGCACUGAGGAGACCUGUGUCCUCAUCCUGCCCUCUCUGAGUGACAGGAUCAGAAAGCCUGUGAGCCUUGUUUUAAUUUUCACUUUAUGGGUUAGAAAACUGAAAUGGCCUUAAUAGAGCAAGUUUUUUCUCGCAAAGCUGUUGAAAGAAGGUUGUAAAGAUUAUGAAGUGUUUAUCACAUUUCAAUGAAACAAAGAUUGACAGACUCACUUCUCAGGUCACAUGUCUGCAUCUCAUUCAUUACAUUUGGAUCUGAAACUUCCCACUUGUUUGAAAGAUGUUUUGUCCUACAUGGAGAAAUGGGUAGAGGGGCUGCAUACUCUCCUACCUCACAGGGUUGUUGUAAGGAUCUCGGAUCCAUCCCAAACCUGUGUUCCUUGCUCAGGGACAGAGGAAGGCAUGCUGUGGUUAUUGCCUAUGUAGCCUUCCUAGCUCUCCUUCUCAGCCAGCAUCUUACAGCAGGGCCCGUGUGUCUCAGGGCCUGUCCUGACAGCCGAGGGCCCUAUAGACAGAACGUGGCCGUGCCAGGGGCAUACUCUGGGUCCCAGUAAUAUAUUGUGAAUCUAUUUUCUUGUAUAUUUGUUGUCUUUGCAUUAGAGUUUGAGGCUGUGACUGUAGGGUAGUAGAGAGAAUUUUUAAAAGAAAAAAAUACCCAGGAAGGAAGGUUCACUCACCCACAAACUAUUUAAGCCAAAGUUUGGCUCUUCUGGUGUCACCAAGGGAAUCCACAUGGUUCCGGUAACUACCUACCG